AUGCGCGAUCCCUCGGGCGGCUCACUCCGACUCCACCUCACAUUCGAGCUGGGAAACGGGGUGACGGAUCUGGACGCGUGCCCUUCUCAUCUAUACUCAAAGUUGAUGUUGGACAUCGGGAGUUUGCCCGUGGACCGCCUCUCCGAGCUUGGGUUCUUUUUUGGAGGUGUUGGCCUAGAUGAACACGCCAGUCGCCUCACCCUCUUCGACAUCCACGACGCGACCAUUGCGUGGGACCUCCGCCCGGUUAUGCUUCUUGCCCAGCUCAACGCCACCUCAGACCCGACGGAGCGCACCGAGAUCCAAGCUGCCCUGGGUAUGGGCAAACGGAGCAUGCCCUUACCCGACCUGCGACGUACCCUGAACCUCGUCCGCGGAUACGGGUUUGGACGAGUGCGGUACCUUUCAUCAUUGCUGGGGACAAUGUCAUGGAACAGACAAGGAGAGACGUACGACGAACUGGGAUGUGUGAGCAUUGGGUUCAUAGCACACGCGUUGAGGCCCCAAGCCAACAGGCUUGUACGCAGAGGAGACAGUGGAUGGCGCAUCGCGCGCUCGCGCCGGCAGCCGCGUGCUCUCGAUCUCUUUGAAGCGGACGUGCCCGUGUUGAUAGAAGAUCAGGAGGCCGAGUAUACUACUACAAUGCUCAUGGAGCUGUCAAGACGCGACGCAUGCGAACGCACCGCGGAGUCCUUCGUGCACUCUCGCGGUCUACACCGCGCGCACUCGAUCACCACUACCCGCGGCGCGGCGCCCUCUCCCUCUCGCAAUGGUACCCCGUAG